AUGGCGGAGGAGACGGUGCGGGAGCUGCGCGCGAGCUUCGCGGCGGGGCGGACGCGCUCGGCCGAGUGGCGGGCGGAGCAGCUCAAGGGGCUCAUCCGGAUGAUCGACGAGAAGGAGGCCGAGAUCAGCGCCGCGCUCCACGAGGACCUCGCCAAGCCGCACAUGGAGUCGUACCUCCACGAGAUAUCACUGACAAAGUCGUCGUGCAAGUUUGCGCUCAAUGGGCUCAAGAACUGGAUGAAGCCCGAGAAGAUACCUGCGUCCAUAACUACAUUCCCGUCCUCCGCUCAAAUCGUGCCGGAGCCCCUCGGUGUCGUGCUCAUCAUCUCAGCCUGGAACUACCCCUUCAUACUCUCUAUCGACCCAGUCAUUGGAGCAAUCGCCGCUGGAAAUGCUGUUGUUCUGAAGCCAUCAGAAAUAGCACCAGCUACCUCGUCUUUGUUAGCAAACCUGCUACCCGAGUAUGUUGAUAACUCCUGUAUUAAAGUUGUGGAGGGAGGCGUUCCAGAAACAACCGCACUCUUGGAACAGAGAUGGGAUAAGAUCUUCUACACAGGUAAUGGAACUGUAGCACGCAUAGUUAUGGCAGCAGCCGCAAAGCAUCUAACCCCGGUGGCUCUGGAGCUUGGUGGGAAAUCCCCUGUUGUUGUGGAUUCGAAUGUUGAUCUUCAUGUUGCUGUUAAGAGGAUUGUUGUUGGUAAAUGGGGAUGCAACAAUGGCCAAGCAUGCAUUGCUCCAGAUUACAUCAUAACGACAAAAUCAUUUGCACCAGAGCUGGUGGCCUCUUUGAAAAGAGUUUUGCAAUUCACGAGAUUGCAAGAUUUGAUAGAAGAAAAAAGAGUUGCUGACAAGAUUGUGUACGGCGGCGAGGCUGAUGAGGAGCAAUUAAAAAUUGCUCCUACACUAUUGUUAGAUGUUCCACAAGAUUCAGCAAUUAUGACGGGGGGAGAUAUUUGGGCCCUUGCUUCCUAUUGUGACGUCGAAAAAACUCGUAAAACUUUGUUACCUGACCCUGUAUCUGAACUGUGUUUUCAGAACAAGAAGCUGCAAGGAGAGUUUGUGGCGAACGUCCCUGCAGGAGGGAUGCUUGUAAACGACACCGCACUACAUCUCACCAACCCGUACAUGCCCUUCGGCGGCGUGGGCGACAGCGGGAUGGGGUGCUACCACGGCAAGUUCGGCUUCGACUGCUUCAGCCACAAGAAGGGGGUCCUGAUCCGUGGCUUUGGCGGCGAGGCGAAUGCCAGGUACCCUCCCUACACGACGGAGAAGCAGAAGAUCCUGAGAGGGCUCAUCAAAGGCAGCUUCAUCGCCCUCAUCCUUGCCCUCCUGGGCUUCCCGAGGGAGAAGCAUUAG